UUUUUAGACUUAAAAAAUAGGAUGCUAUUUGAGGGGAAAAAAAAAAAGAAAAAGAAGGGCGUUAUCUUAGAAAAACAAAAGGAGAAAUAUUUUCAGAAAAACCGGUCAAAGAAAGAGGGAAAUGAAAAACAAAUGAAACGGUAUCGUGUUCCGUUGACUUGACUUUCCGAGAUGGUAUCGUCUUCCCUCUGUCUCUCUCACUCCCUUCCAUUGCUAACAUUGCUUCAGGAGCUCCAUUGAAAUGGCGCGGUGGGCCACCGUCAUUCAGCUCUUCUCUCUCGCCACCUACGUUGGCCCUGUCGUUGAGAAGAUCACCGAGAAGGCCGUGGAGGGCGGCGUCAACGGCCUGCAGUGGGUCUGGGCCAACCUCGAGGCCCUCUUCGACGUGGAGGCUGAACUCGACAAGCUCCGCCGCACCGCCAAGCGCAUCCGCGCCAUCCUCAAGGACGCCGAAGAGACCCGCUUCAUCGAGGACCAAACCGUCCGCGAAUGGCUCUCCGACCUCAAAGACUUCGCCUUUGACGUCGAGGACCUCGUCGACGAGUUCCAGAUCGGCCUCGAUAUCGCCAAGCUGGAGAAGGCUCGUCUCUCCCCUGGCUCCCGGAAAAGGAGGCGGCCGUGGGACAUUCUUCCUCCUUGUCUCACUUGGGUCUACCGUAAAUGGACGAUCUCGGUAAAGAUCAAGGAGAUCAAGGAAAAGUAUGAGGAGAUCAAGCAGCGCAGGAAUGAUUUCCAGUUAAGAGAGGGAGAAUCGAGGAGGAGACAACAAGACAGGACACAACAAACUCCUCAACAUACUGGCUCGCUUCGUGGCGACUCUCUAGUUUUGGGCUUGGAGGAGAAGAAAAAUGAUAUUUUGAUGCAUUUGAGGCAGGGCGGCGGUGUGAGUGGCGCCCCUAAUUCUUCCCAAAGAGAGGGGAGAAGUGUGCUUGUCGUUGCAAUCAUCGGACCAGGAGGAAUCGGGAAGACAACUCUGGCCAGGCUUGUCUUCAACGACGAGGAAAUCGAAAGAUCUUCUUUUUUGAAGAUCUGGGUUGGUGUUUCGCGCGAUUUCGACGUGUGUAGGAUCACAAAAGAGAUCAUUAAAUCGAUCACCGAAAAGAGUUGCUGUGGUUUGAGCUUGGAUUUGCUGCAGCGUAAGCUUCGGGAGCUGGUCCUCGGAAAGAAGUUCUUGCUCGUGCUUGAUGGUUUGUGCAACAACGACCUUUCGUUCUGGGACACGUUGCAGGCUCCUCUGAUGGUCGGAGGCGAAGGUAGCAGAGUCCUGGUCACCGCCCGGAGUGAGCAGGUUCUGACAUACAUGCGCCCACGCCCUUCGUCCAUAAUAUGGUUGAAUGAGCUGGGUGAAAACGAUAGCUGGCUCCUGUUCUGCAGCUACGCAUUCCGACAAGCACCUGCCGAUCAUGACGUUGGUAGAGAAAUUGUGAGAAGGUGCCAUGGUUUGCCCUUGGCAAUUAUCUCGAUCGGUGGCCUCUUGUACUCCAGAACUGAAGAAGAGUGGAGGAGUAUCCUCAGCGACAUACCAGAUCCAGAAGACGAAGCGCAUGGCAUCUUGUCGACAUUAAAGGUAAGCUAUGACUAUUUGCCCUUGCAUCUGAAGCAGUGCUUUGCAUUCUGUUCCAUAUUUCCUAAUGGUUAUGAGUUCGACAAAGAGGAAUUGGUAGAGUUCUGGGUCGCAGUGGGCUUAGCCAAACCUAGGGACUGCAGAUCAGCAGAAUAUAUUGGGUAUAAGUACUUUGAUUCUCUCCUCCGAUGGUCAUUUUUCCAGGGUUGUAAUGGUCGUCACCACCAGAAACAGAAGUACAAAAUGCCUGGCCUAAUUCAUGAACUAGCACAAUCUGUUUCUGCACAUGAAUGUCUAAGAAUCGAGAAUGAUGCAUCAUUCUGUGAAUCUGAGAAUGCACGCUAUGCAUUGUCAUGUAACUUCCCCAUGGAGCUUCCAAUAUUUCAGAAGUUAUAUCAGAAUAAGAAACUUAGAACAUUUAUAUUGCUCGGUGAAAACGGCACUCCCACAAAGGAGGUGCCGCGUGAUCUUUACAUGAACCUAAGAUGUCUAAGGGUGUUAGAUUUGAGGAGAAAUGAGUUGACAGAAUUGCCAGAUUCGAUUGGAAAUCUUAUUCACCUGAGGUACCUUAACCUUUUAGGUACUCAAAUUGAGAGGUUGCCUGAAUCAUUGAGCAGCCUCUACAAUCUGCAACUGCUAGAACUUGGUGACUGUAAGAAGCUUGUGGAGCUACCCAGAGGCAUGAGCAACUUAAUUAAUCUACGAUAUCUGGGUCUGCGUCUAGAUUGGGAAAACUGUAGACAUAGAUGGAGUGAUAUUGUUAUGCCACCAGGACUUGGCAGAUUGACUUCUCUGCAUACUCUUUCAAGGUUCUCAGUUUCCUCGGAGAGCGGAGGCGGGAUAAGUGAACUGAAGGGCUUGAAACUUCGAGGAGAAAUUUGCAUCUCAAAGCUUGAAAUUGUUGAUGUGAGGGAUGCCAUGGAGGCCAGUUUAGGUACCAAACAACAUCUCGAAACUAUGAUGCUGCGAUGGACCAACUGCAGAAGCCCUGCUUCACAAAGUGGAGGUGGAAGGGAUGUGAUCGAACAGCUCUGCCCAAAUAGCAACCUCAAACACCUAUGGAUAGAAAAUUACAAAGGUGCUGAAUUCCCGAGCUGGCUUGGAGACCAGUCCAUGAAUUUGGAAACAUUAAGACUUUAUGGUUGUGAAAGAUCGGAGAGGCUCCCACCUGUAGGAAGGUUGAGGAAUCUCAAAUGUCUGUUCUUGGAAGGACUGCACACAGUCACAGACCUCGGUUCACUUUCUGGUGAUGGUAAUUUUGCAGGAUUUCCAUCAUUGGAGAUGAUCACCAUAUCAAAUUUGAAGAAUCUUGAGAGGGGGUUUGAAUUAGUACAAGAUGAAAUGCCUUGCCUCAGAAAGCUGGUCAUAUCAGACUGCUCCAACUUACUACAACUUCCACAACUUCCAAACUCGCUUGAAGACAUUGAGAUUAGAGAAUGUCCAGCAUUAUCUACUCUACCUAUGCUUUCGUCUCUUCAACAAUUGGUGCUCACAAAAUGUGGACUUGAAAUAAUUGAAUCGAUUCAUCAGUUCACCUCUCUUUCUUCUCUGACCAUUUCCCAAUUUCCACGACUUGGAUCUAUAACAAGAGAGCACCUUCAAGACCUGAGGUCCCUUAGGAAACUGAAGAUUGACCACUGUGACAAUUUUGUUUCACUUUCUUCUCAGCAUCUUGUUUCUCUUGAAACUUUGGAAAUAUCUCAAUGUCAUGCAUUUUCUUCCUUGGCUGGAGAGGGACUGCCAGCCUCGCUCAAAGAUCUUCGACUACAGUCUUGUGGCAACCUCACAUCUUUGCCAGAGGAAGGAAUGUCUGCCUCACUGCAGUACUUGGCCAUUGGUGGAUGCCCAACUCUAGAACAAAGAUGUCUAGUAGGUGGAGGUGAUUGGCACAAGAUACAGCAUAUCCCCCGUAUAGAAAUUGGUGAGAACUCUUCAGUCUAAGCUAGGAUUUGCGAAGGCCCCAGCACAAAAAUUAGGAAACUGAUAUGAAGUUCAGUUGUUCUUUCAUCUCGUUCGCUGAAGAAAUCUUGGUAUCUACUCUUCUGGGAGAUUCGGCGUCACUUGAGGGAGAUGAAUCAGAUGAGGAUUCUAACUGUUGUUCGGUUACUGAGAACUCUGGUUGGAGAACAGAAACAUGGGAUUGUUCUUGGAAGAAGACAGAAGAAGCUGAUUCCAUGAAAGCAGACAUCUUCUGAUCAUCGUCUUUCAUCUUUUCAGCAUACUUGUUGAGAUCAAACCCGGCUGGAUUAUGGCCCCCGAAUGCAGAUUCCAGUUUGUCCAUUUCGAAGAGGUGGUGUAUGAUUAAAAGAGAGUUCAAAAUUCGCUUGCACCCAACUAUUAUGCAACUGCAGUUGCUGGAUGAAAUCAAACAUCUAAAUACCAUUUGGAAUGUGAAAAUUUCAGAAGACUGAAACAGAUUGUGUAAAUAGAACAAUGGAAUCAUGACAAAGGGCAUCAAAACUAUACAGUUGAAUGAUCUGGUAUCCUGAUCGCUUCUGAAGAUUUGUAUCAAGGAAGUCAAUAAGCAAUUGUACAGACAGGACUAAGGAUCUAUGGAUCACCAAUCAUGGAAAAAGAUAGGAUCGAUUUUUUUCUAGAGAGAGAGUGAGAGAUUGAUUGAUGGUGAGCAGCUGGAGAAGAAAACACUGCAGAUUAGCUCGUGAGGUGAUGGGACAUUGGAGAACUACAUCUUAAACUAGUUGCCUUUCGAGGACUUGAAACAAAAUAAGGGAGUCACCAAGCAACAGCUGUGGAAAGCUUGAUGUGCAAUUAAGUUGAGGUCACCACUGACAUGGAAAGUUACAGCUACACAUAAUAGCAGCAGAUGGUGCAAUGAUGCAUCACGGCAAAAUCUCAAAACUAGGUCAUGUGAAGAAGAUUCAUGCUUUCUGGCUUCCUCUGCUCUUCCUUCUCAACGAAAAGAAAGGAGGUUCUCUUGAUACAAGAGAUCGAUCAGCCUAUGAACGCAUGGCAAAGACCUCACUUAAGAUCCUUACAUCACAUGGAUCAAUCAAGAACAUGGAGCAAGAAACCAAGUUGCAGACCUCACCAAUCAACGCUUUCCUGUUGUGGAGCUCAAAGAAUCAUGUGAUGAUGGAUCCUCCUGGCCUUUCACUUGUUACAGGUGCAGGAUUACAGAGGAGGGAAGACUACAGCGGGGAACUUGGUGAGACAAAGACGCAAUGGAUAGAGAAGAAGAAGAAGAAUGGUGGAGAUGGUGGCAGAAGUCCUGUCCGUGAUUUGACCCGUGCCGCGGACGCUUUCCUCUUCCUCCAGGCGUUUGACUCGAAACACGAUUACUUUUCACUGCCCUACCUUCGUCUUAGUUGGAGCGACGGCAUUGGUUCGAUGUGAGCCCACCAUGAAAUCCUACAAUCACAAGGAAGGUAAAAGAAGCAGGUGAGAAAUAGAAACUGAUAUGCGUAUGACUUUGGCCUUUGUUGACCUUUCUUCGUUGUCUUUUGAAGUUUCAAAGCUUCUAGAAAGCAACAUGUGAUAGAAAUUCUUAUCACGUUGUCAUCUCUAUCUAUCGAGAAACCACUCAAAUCAUGAAUCCAAAAUGAUUUGAAUUAAUUUGUCUUUUCAGAAUAAUUUCUUGAUAUAAAUAUGCCAAAUGAAGAUUGAAUAUUACCAUCA